AUGGCCGAAAUCAAGUCAGCACAGAAGGUCUGGUUGGCAUCCAAUGACAAUGCGACCAUCGAAGUUGAUCGUGUGGUCGCUGAGCGCUCCAUGCUGAUUAAAAACAUGCUCGACGACAUUGGUGACGACAUGAUCAACCAAGGAAAUCCAAUCCCCAUCCCCAACGUGAACGAGGCGGUCCUGCGCAAGGUUAUUGAGUGGUGCGAGCAUCACCGGAACGACCCCCCUCAGGCUCAGGACGACGAGUCCGACGGCCGCCGUCGAACCACCGACAUUGAAGAAUGGGACCAGAAGUUCAUGCAGGUUGAUCAAGAGAUGCUCUUUGAGAUCAUUCUGGCGUCCAACUACCUCGAUAUCAAGCCUUUGCUCGACGUGGGCUGCAAAACUGUCGCCAACAUGAUCAAGGGCAAGUCCCCCGAGGAAAUCCGCAAGACUUUCAACAUCACCAAUGACUUCACACCCGAAGAGGAAGAGCAGAUUCGCCGGGAAAACGAGUGGGCUGAGGAUCGAUGA